AGAGAGACUGUAUAUUAGGUUGUGUUUUCUGCUAUAUAUAUACAUUCCAUUACCAUUCCGUCACUUUCCUGAGAAAAUCUGAUUUUCUUUCUGAUUUUCCCACGCCAGAUUUCAACAAUUAGGGUUUCGAUUGAUCACACGGGAUUUUGCCAGAGACAGAGAUUUUUCUGUUAGGGUUUUUUCUCGCUCGGAAUUGGUGAUGGGGAGUGUCGAUCGAGAUGAUGAUGCAAGGACGUUCAAGGUGAACUUCAGCACCGAUGGAGUUGCGAAGCUGAUGGAGUGUGUCAAGGAGAAGCUCAAGGAAUUCAUGGGGGAUUACACCGAUGACAUUCUAGUGGAAUAUGUUAUUGUGUUAUUGAGGAAUGGUAAGCGCAAAGACCAAGCUAGGAAUGAGUUGAAUGUUUUUUUGGGGGAUGACAGUGACUCUUUUGUAUCCUGGCUGUGGGAUCAUUUGGAUUUGAAUUUAGGUUUAUAUGUAAAACCUGAAGAAUUGCAGGUUGAAGAUCCUAAGGUUAUAUCAGAAGUCCAAGCUGGGGGGGAUGUUUUUCAGCAUUCAAAUUCACAGUCAGAAAGAGGAAAAUCUAAUAAGUUACCUAGAAGUCGGCGUAAUAGAGAUUGGAAAGGACUGGUGAGUAGAGAAGCUGAACCACAUUCUAUUCAAAGUUCUGAGGUUGACAACCCUCAUUUAAAGGGGAAUGCCCCGCCUAAACUCAAUCGUGAUCCAAGGUCAUUAUCUCCCAAACCUCUUGUUCAGAGAAAAAGAGGCCGAGCUGAUGAACAACAGAGGACAAAGAGGGAUGUUGUAUCACAUGCUGCUCCUCGACGGCUGCUUCAAUUUGCAGUUCGAGAUGCAGUGGCUACUUCAAGGACAACCAAUCCGAGCACGUCAGUGGAGCCUUCCUUAAAACGUCUUCGUUCUGUAGUUUCUACAUCCUCUGGUGAUUCAUCUUUGACGGAACACCCUCAGCGUUUGCAACCUGCUUCCCGGGUGUCAAAUCCAAUGGCUUCAGUGCUUAAGGCUGUAGCAGAAGCUGCAGAAGAUGUGAUGAAGUCCAAAUCCUCAGGAAGUGUAUUUAAUAGACUUGGUUCUGGUAGGAAUUCAUCAGUCGAUAAGAGCCAACUUGAAGAUAAUUUCCAACAUCAGGAGCAAAAUCAAUCAUUGUAUCUUCAAAGAUCUGGUUACAAUGGGCAGCGUCCUGCAAACACAACCAUAAUGGAACAUGAAACAGGAGCUCAUUCUGAUUCUGCUUCAGAUAAUGAAGGGUUUCAUGAUGUAGACGUCAUGGGUCAUAGGGUGACAGAAAUUUCUCAGUUUAGCUCCUCUGGUGGAAAUGCUGAUGAUAGUUUGCGUCUGAAACGGAACCGAGAACAGGAGAAACCUGUUGCUGCACGUGCUUCUCAUAAAAUAGUGAAUAUUUCUGUUAAUGUAAAUACUUGGAAGCCACCACAGUAUCAGGAACCGAGCCAGGUUGCACAAUUAGCUGGUCAUAAAGCCUCCGAUCAUGAAACAGGAGCUCACAGAUCUGGCAUGCAACUGAUGGAGGAUAAUACCAACACUUCGAAAGUUAGCAACGGGAAUGCAAAUCCUUCUCCAGAUGUUCAGAAAGAGUCUAGCAAGUCACAGUUAUGUAUUUCUGGUUCUAGUCUUGCUGGUCGUCCUUUGGAAGACGUUGAAUCCAGAACCAUUUUUGUUAGCAAUGUUCAUUUUGCUGCUACCAAAGAUGGCCUGUCUCGACAUUUUAAUAAAUUUGGGGAAGUGUUGAAAGUGAUUAUAGUUACUGAUGCUGCAACCGGGCAGCCAAAAGGAGCAGCUUAUGUUGAGUUCAUGCGAAAAGAAGCAGCAGAUAAUGCAUUAUCUCUAGAUGGCACUUCUUUCAUGUCCCGGAUUCUCAAGGUUGUGAUGAAAAGUGCUGCACAUCAAGAAUCAACUCCAACCAUGGGAUGGCCACGCAUUCUUAGGGGAUCUCCAUUUUCUACUGCUAGGUUUUCCCGAGUUCCCUUUCCAAGAGGUAUUCCUGGUGCUUUUAGACCUCGGCCUCCAUUAAAAGUGGGUGCUAGGAGUAUGCAAUGGAAGCGGGAUGCUCAGGGUAGUCCAUCUGACAAUGGUUCAGCCUUGACUACUGGCAAUAUUGGUAUGCCUUCUCCUUCUGCUCGUGGACUCACCUAUGUUAGAACAGAAUCUAAGCCAGAAGGCAGUUCAGGUACCACGUAAUUCAAUCUUAUCAUUGUAGCAGACUAAGGUGGCCUGAGGUUCAUUUCUGGUGGCAUAAAUGGUAAAAAAAAUUGAUUCAUGGAGACACCUGCUGGAAUUUCUUCUGUACAUGGAGGAUAUUUGAAUGCAUGUAGGUUGUACAUGACGUUUAAUAAAUGCCUAUUCUUCGUCUUCAAUUGAAGCUACAGAAAGGGAAGACAGUGAUUUUGUUGGAAUGAAAGGCGAGAAGAAUGUAAUGGAAAUAUCUGGGAAUUAUCCAUACAGCUUAAGUGUGUGUGGGCAAGGUGGACAUUGCAAUUUGCAUGGUAUUUUUGUUUCGGCUGAGUCUAUCUACUUUAUGGUUGGAAGUGUUACUGGUAAAAGAUUAAUAGAGAAUUGGAUAAAAAGGGUAAAGUUGAGCUUUGUUAUAGACUGCGUCAUUUAUUUCAUUAAUGUAAUUAAAUUUUUAUUCUUUCUAUAAUGUUACAAUUUCGAACUUACAGUUGAUGAUACUUUUGUAAUUUUCUUACAUGUCUAUUCAGAAUAAUUUAUCAUUU